AUCCCGAAUAUACCUUGUCACUUUCCCAACCACAAGCUCGGGGGGCGGGGAGAGAUUGAGCCGUCCCGAAAAUCCUAUCACAAAUCCACAAGGAAAUCACUGACUUACCGUCACGAUGACAUGGUUCUGAAAAACAAGGAAGAACGGAAGCCUUUCUAGAUCUAGAAGCUCAAAGUGUGCGCAGAAAUCUUCCAGCGACUUCUGAAAUAAAUACUGUAAGAUACCCACAAUACGUUUUUAAAUGAUGUGAAGAUUAUUGCAACAUUUGAGAUAGUCAAUGUCGGAACGAAACUUUAUCGAGCCUGGGGAUGAUGAUUUUAUUGAUGAGGGAGCAGACGUUGGAGAAGAUGUAAGGAGCUCUCUCGCGUCGCUAACUUCAAGUAUCAUAAAGGGAGUAGAAGAAAAUGGGAGAACAUAUGCUGUAUAUGGUCAAGAAGAAUAUGGAAUGCCGAUGGACGAGAUAGAGAUGGACCGAAUUGAUAUGGCCCAUGCAAAGUAUUUUAUGCUUCUUGAGAAGAAAGGAUUCCUAGCACCUAUUGAUGCAGAUGUCCAAAACGUCCUAGACCUUGGUACUGGAACUGGAGCUUGGAGUGUUGAUUUUGCUGAUGCUCAUCCAUCGGCUGAGGUCGUGGGAAUAGAUAUUGCUCCCAUACAACCCAUUUGGGCCCCGCCAAAUUGUCAAUUCCAAGUCGACGACAUCACUCGACCUUGGACUUGGAAGAAGGAUAAUUUCGAUUUUGUUUUCGCUAGAGAUUUACUCUUCUCAGUCAGAAACUGGCCGGAUUUGAUUUCUCAAUGCUAUGAUCACAUUAAACCCGGCAGUUGGGUAGAGUUCCAAUCCAUUCAUGGUGUUCUAGGCUGCGAUGACGAUACUUUACCCCCUGAUAGUAAAUUCCGCAAAUAUGAUAAACAUAUUAGAGCCGCCGCAGUUGCAUUUGGAACCCCUCUAGAAGAUCCGGCUUCGUUCAAGAAAUGGUUCGAGAAAGCCGGUUUUGAAGCUGUUUUGGAAAAGAAAUACAAGAUCCCUUCAAAUCCAUGGCCGAAAGAUCCACGACUAAAGUUGAUCGGGGCUUUCGAACAGGAAAACUUCAUGACUGGACUAGAAGGUAUGAGUAUUCGUUCUUUUGAUAAACUAGGCUGGAUUCUAGACGAAAGCAAAAGAUUCUUGGGGGAAGUAAAAAAGGAAAUCAGAAAUAGGAGAAAACAUCCUUACUAUCCAUUCUAUGUUGUAUAUGGUCGAAAGCCAAAACAAUAAAACAAAAACAUAGAUCAUAACGUUUUAGAAGAAUGAACUGGAUUUCUCAAUUAGACAGUGUCUCGCGAAGAAGCCAUAUGGUUGGCAAUAAAGAUCUGAUGCU